AUCGAGCAAACGGUUUGCGCGACCGAAACGAACCGAGAGCUUUCGUCGCCGCGCCACAUCGCGCAUCGAGGAUGACUCACCCUUUUCCCGCUCGCGAGCGAACAAGAGAGCCUUUGCGAGAGAUUAUUACCGCGCGAGGUUAAAACUUAAAUCGUACGCGCUACGUUAUUUAUCUCGCUCGCAUUGUCUUAAUUAUUAUCAUCGUCAUCGUCGUCAUCAUUAUGAGCAGCGCUUUCCUUGUGUUCUCAGAGCGCCUGCUCGCCUGUUGUUUACGCGCACUCGGGCGCGAUUACGCACGAGUCAUUUUGUCGCAUUCGUGGCACGGCUGAUUUUUCGAGGUUAAACGAGGACGAUGGUGCGUUUCGCCAAUCAGACGGCCCUCAAUGGCGCAACAAUCGUCGCAUAUUGUUGGUCGCGCGGUUCUACGGAAGACAAAGUCGCGAGUCGCGACAUCCCAUUCUCUCGCGUAUGUUUGCGAUUACGCGCGAACACAUCGACAGUCGCGUUUUAAAUAUCUUAUUCGAUAAUAUGUGUGUGUGCGUACUCGCGAUGUGAUACGCGCAGUCGGGGAUAUUUUGCAAAUCGAUAUUACACAACAACAAAAAAAAAAAAAAACUUUGCAAACUUGUUACAAAUUUUAUUGUAAUUGUCACACAAUCUGUGAGUAAAAGAUGAGAAAUGAAGUGUCAGACACAAUUAACUGAUAUCCUUCAGUGAACGAAGAUGAAUAGUGAACAGCAUGCAUUGCCAGCGACCACGCAGGCACAACAAGAGGAUGUAAACGCGGGUCAAAGUGGUCGUCCUUCAUACCCAGGUGGUUUGGCUACUGCGACCGCGAGUCUUGGCAAUGUAGGGAGUAUUCCCCAUUCAUCCGCGGACCUGCGUGUAGGUACUGCCGUAGCGUUAGCCUCCUCGGUAGCUAAGUAUUGGGUCCUCACCAAUCUGUUUCCCGGACCGCUACCUCAGGUCUCGGUCUACCACUCCUCGCAUAGGAGUGGUGGAGGUGGGGAAGCAUCUUCCUCCAAAGAGCCAGCCUCUUCACUCAACCAGGAAAUGGCGUUGACUUCCAGCUCGCAUCAUCAGCAACAAUCAACAGCCGCGCAUCAUCAUCAUCAGCCUUCAGUUAGCAGCAGCAGCCAUCACAGUUCUCUGCAGUCAAAUCCACAGAUUCCCGUAUCUCUUCCCGGUUUGAAUUUAGACGGCGCACACAUACCGGCGAGUGUUAGUCAUCUGCAGGCUGCACAUGCACAAAUGCAACAGCAAAUGCAGGCGCAAGCACAGCAGCAGCUGCACCAGCAGCAACAACAACAACAGUCGCAGCAGCAGCAGCAACAGCAGUCUCAUCACCAGAUGCAAAAUCAUCAGAACGCUCAGAACAAUGGACCGUCCGCGCACAAUCAGACGGCACAGCGAGACGACAACAAAGUCAAGGACGAGGGCGGCAGUUGCACCACUGAGCGUUGUAGCGACAAUCAGGUUCACUGUCAAGUUCAAUGCGAUCUACAGUUACAACCGCCGCAGGAUCUUCAGCAGAGCUUGAUGCAGCAACAGCAGCAGCAACAACAGCAGCAGCAGCAACAGCAACAACAGAUCGGGGUCAACAUCAGCGGAAAUUCCACUACCGAAGGGGGAAGUCAAAACAAUUCCGAAAAACCUGAGAAAGAAAAGGAAUUGCGACAGCUGAAUAUGACCCAAUUUCAAGUUCCUGAUUUGAAACCAGGAGGACAUAUGAUGGAUGUGAGAACGGCGGACGGAUCGGUGGUGAAAAUCAGCGCGGGAAACGAGCAAGAUUUGGCGAAGACUCUUGGUGUGGAAAUGGUACAAAAUAUGUACAAGGUGAAUGUCGAGGAUAUUAAUCAACUCCUGGCGUAUCACGAGGUGUUCGGAAAGCUGCAAAGUGAAAUUGCAGCCGGUACGACUUUGGUCGGCAGCACUGUUCCUACGCAAACAGUCACCACGAUACAGAACGGCACGCCGAUCGUGCAGCAAGUUCAACUCAACAAAUUUGACAUAAAAUCGAGCGACGGGGAGGCAACGCCUGGCCCAAGCGCGUCACCGGUGUCGGUUGGUAGUCACGCUUGCGAAAUAUGUGGGAAGAUCUUCCAAUUUCGUUAUCAACUCAUUGUGCAUCGCAGAUAUCACACCGAGCGCAAACCGUUCACGUGUCAGGUGUGUGGUAAAGCGUUCUCGAAUUCGGGCGAUCUGACGCGUCACGGCAAGUGUCACCUGGGUGGAUCUAUGUUCACCUGCACAGUUUGUUUCCAUGUUUUCGCAAACGCGCCGUCACUGGAGCGUCACAUGAAGAGACACUCCACCGACAAGCCGUAUAACUGCACGGUCUGUGGCAAAAGCUUCGCGCGUAAGGAACAUUUGGAUAAUCACACGAGAUGCCACACCGGCGAGACACCGUAUAGAUGCCAAUACUGUUCCAAGACGUUUACUCGAAAAGAACACAUGGUAAAUCAUGUUCGCAAACACACUGGCGAGACUCCGCAUCGAUGUGAUAUUUGCAAGAAGAGCUUCACUCGCAAAGAACACUUUAUGAAUCACGUAAUGUGGCACACGGGAGAGACUCCGCAUCAUUGUCAAGCGUGUGGCAAAAAGUAUACUCGCAAAGAACAUCUCGCUAAUCAUAUGCGUUCGCACACGAACGACACGCCGUUCCGUUGCGAAAUAUGCGGUAAGUCAUUUACGAGGAAGGAGCACUUCACGAACCACAUAAUGUGGCACACGGGCGAGACGCCGCACCGCUGCGACUUCUGCUCGAAGACGUUCACGCGAAAGGAGCAUCUCCUGAACCACGUUCGCCAGCACACGGGUGAGUCUCCACACCGAUGCGGCUUCUGCUCCAAAUCGUUCACCAGAAAGGAACACCUUGUUAACCACAUCCGCCAACACACAGGAGAAACACCCUUCCGCUGCUCGUAUUGUCCAAAAGCAUUUACGCGGAAGGAUCACCUGGUGAACCACGUCAGGCAGCACACGGGUGAGUCACCGCACAAGUGCCAGUAUUGCACCAAAUCCUUCACGCGGAAGGAACAUUUGACCAAUCACGUGCGUCAACACACAGGCGAAUCGCCACACCGAUGUCACUUCUGCUCCAAGUCAUUUACUCGUAAGGAGCAUUUGACGAAUCAUGUGCGCAUCCACACUGGCGAAUCUCCACAUAGGUGUGAGUUUUGCCAGAGGACGUUCACUAGGAAAGAACAUCUAAAUAAUCAUCUCCGUCAACAUACCGGAGAUUCCUCGCACUGUUGCAACGUGUGCUCCAAACCGUUCACAAGGAAGGAACAUCUUGUGAAUCAUAUGCGUUGCCACACCGGUGAACGUCCAUUUGUGUGCACAGAAUGUGGAAAGAGUUUCCCAUUAAAGGGCAAUCUGCUCUUCCAUAUGCGCUCACACAAUAAGGGCAGUAACGCUGAAAGGCCGUUCCGCUGUGACCUGUGCCCCAAAGAUUUCAUGUGCAAAGGACACUUAGUCUCGCAUCGGCGUUCGCACUCGGACGAGCGGCCGCAUAGUUGCCCGGAUUGCGGCAAGACCUUCGUCGAGAAAGGCAACAUGCUGCGGCACUUGCGCAAGCAUGCGACCGAAGGACCGCCGACGCAAGUUAGUACACCGUCGGCCAUACCGCAAUCGAGUGUUCUACCGAUACCGGCGGCGGCGGCAGUCCUGGUCGGACAUCCAUUAGCGCCUCCAGCACCUACCGUCGUGCCGCAACACACAGUGGUCGUGCCGACACCGCCCGGUGUACUGGCGUCGUAUUAAAUAAAAGAAAAAGAGAACGAGGGAAAAAAACGGGAAUACAAUUUUCAAGCUGAAAUCAAGUAAGAAAAAAAAGAAGAUGCUGUGUAUACUUAAUGAUUGUGCCGAACAAGUGUGAAGAGAUUGUGCGUCAUCUAUCGUUUUUCUUAAAAAAAAAAAAAAAA